GGAGGCAGCGGUGGGGAGAGCGGAGGAGAGCGAGCGAGAAAGAGAGAGAUAGAGAGGCAGAGCCAGGGAGCAAAUGUGCACGGCGGCGGCGGCGGCGAGGGAGGGAGGACAGAGCAAAUAGGUGCACAUCAUCCUCAUCAUCGGCAGCGGAGCAUCCUCCUCAUCCUCAUCUCCACCGCCAAGGAGUGACAUUCUCUCUCUCUCCCCUGGAUAGCGGCGGAAGAGUCCUCAAGCCUUCCGCUCGACCAUCCAGCAGCUCCCGGCGCGGCGCGCACUUACUGUCCAACCCCCUCCCCUUCGCCUCUCUUCGAACUAGGUUUAUUCUUAGCUCGGCUGCAGGAGACUGCUGUCCCCACCAACCUACGCCGUCCUGCAUCCCCCUGGCCUUCGGGCUUAUUUCUCCCACUUUGUUGAAUAUUUCAUGGGGAAAAUGGCGAUCGGAGCCCCGUCGUACGGCGCGCUCUGCCUCCUGUGCAUCCAAACUGUACUUCUCGUGUGCGUGUCCACGCCGACCGCCGGGACGCACCACUUCCCGCAGCACUACACAAUGAUUCACUGGGCCGCUCGCAUCGAGAAGGAGCUGGAAAAAGUUCUGCAGCACGUCACCGGGACGCAGCAGUUGAGAUCGAUUUACAAUGAGAAGAGGAGCCAGUUUGAAAUUAAGAGGAACAACCCCAAGGACCUGGUGGAGAGAGUGGCACGGGACAUUGCCAGGCUGCUAAACAGUAAGAGGAAAGCCCUGGAGAAACUCGCCAACGAGGCAGAGCAGCUUCAGAAGGAUCACAAGUGGCAAGAUGGAGUGACGGAGAAUGCCAUUUCAUACUACGAUUCCAAAGCGGAUUCAGACUAUACGGAGGACGGAGAAGAGGAAAAUCCACUAGAGAGCUCGACUUCUCUGGAGCUGGAAUUUGUGGACGAUCCCAAUUUCAAAAACAAGGUCAACUACUCAUCCAGCGCCGUGCAGAUUCCGACCGACAUCUACAAAGGCUCUCCGGUGAUCCUAAACGAGUUGAACUGGACGCAGGCGCUGGAGCGUGUUUUCAUCGAGAACCGUCGAGAUGACAGCUCCCUCCGCUGGCAGGUGUUUGGCAGUGCCACGGGCGUGACACGCUACUAUCCAGCCACGCCAUGGAGAGCUCCCAACAAGAUUGACCUCUACGACGUGCGCCGCAGGCCAUGGUACAUUCAAGGCGCAUCCUCUCCAAAGGACAUGGUCAUCAUCGUGGAUGUGAGUGGGAGUGUCAGCGGUCUCACUCUCAAGCUGAUGAAGACCUCCGUCAUCAAGAUGCUGGAUACACUCUCGGACGAUGACUACGUGAACGUAGCCAGAUUUAAUGAUGAGGCGGACGCUGUGGUGCCCUGCUUUAGGACUUUGGUCCAAGCCAACGUGCGCAACAAGAAAAUCUUCAAGGAAGCCGUUAUGCACAUGCAAGCCAAAGGAACCACUGACUAUAAGUCUGGCUUCACGUUUGCCUUUGAGCAGCUUCUCAACGAGACCAGCGCUCCGAGGGCCAACUGCAACAAGAUGAUCAUGAUGUUUACAGACGGCGGCGAGGAUCGAGCGCAGGAAAUCUUCGAGAAGUACAACUGGCCCAACAAAACGGUGCGUGUGUUCACUUUCUCUGUGGGUCAGCAUAAUUAUGACGUCACCCCACUGCAGUGGAUCGCUUGUGCCAACAAAGGUUACUACUUUGAAAUCCCAUCGAUCGGAGCCAUCCGAAUCAACACCCAGGAGUACCUGGAUGUCCUGGGGCGACCCAUGGUGCUGGCCGGGUCUAAAGCCAAGCAGGUCCAGUGGACCAAUGUCUACCAGGAUGCUUUGGGUUUGGGUCUGGUAAUCACAGGGACCAUGCCGGUCUUCAACCUCACUGCAGAUAACUCAAGCGCGCAGAACCAGCUCAUCCUCGGAGUCAUGGGUGUGGACAUCGCAAUCAACGAGAUCAAAAAGAAGACUCCCACGUAUAGACUUGGGGCCAAUGGUUACACUUUUGCGACUGAUCCCAACGGUUACGUGCUGCUACAUCCCAACCUGAGACCAAAGAUCAUCAACUUCAGGGAGCCCGUCACUCUGGACUUUCUCGGCGCGGAAUUGGAGGACAGCAACAAGGAGGAGAUCCGGAGACAAAUGAUUGAUGGCAAAUCCGGGCAGAGGAAAAUCAAGACGCUCAUUAAGUCGGUUGAUGAGAAGUACAUUGACGAGGCUGUGCGUACGUACACGUGGACACCGGUGGAGGGCACGGACUACAGUCUAGGGUUGGUGCUGCCAACAUAUAGCGAGAACCACAUAAAAGCCAACCUUAGUGACCAAAUCCUGCAGGUGCAGUUGUCAUACAUCCAGGAUUUUGAGUCACUGCUGCCAAACAGUUUUGAGUCUGAAGGACAUAUAUUCAUUGCUCCCAGGGAAUACUGCAACGAUCUGGAGUUGUCAAGCAAUAACACGGAAUUCCUGCUCAACUUCAUCGCCCUUAUGGAGAAAGUGACGCCCGACUCCAAGCAAUGCGACAAUUUGCUGCUUCACAAUCUGAUCCUGGACACGGGCAUCAUCAGGCAGCUGGUGGACAAAGUGUGGAAGAAUAAAGACUUGAACACGUACGGUUUUCUGGCUGUAUUCGCUGCCACAGACGGAGGAAUCACACGAGUGUUUCCCAACAAGGCUGCGGAAAGCUGGGAGGAAGACCCCGAGCCGUUUAACGCCAGCUAUUACCGCCGCAGUCUCGACAACAAGGGCUACAUUUUCAGAGCGCCUUAUCGUACAGCCCGAGACGAGCUGCUCAACCCGGAGAAUGACACCAUUGGGAUCCUGGUCAGCUCGGCGGUGGACAUCACCGUCGGGGGGAAGACUAUCAAACCGGCGGUUGUCGGAGUGAAACUGGAUCUCGAAGCUUGGGUGGAUAAGUUCAAGAUUCUUGCCAGUAACCAUACAGACAACCGCCAAGGCCCUAACACGUGUGGGCCAAACAGGGUCUGCGAGAUGGACUGUGAGGCCAACAAUGAUGACCUCCUGUGUUACCUAAUCGACGAUGGUGGCUUCCUCAUCAUGUCCAACCAGAAGGAUGACUGGAAUAAGGUGGGCAUGUUCUUCAGCGACGUGGACUCAUCCCUGAUGUAUGCGCUCUACAACAACUCCUUCUACUACCGCAAGCAGUCGUUCGACUACCAGUCGGUGUGCGAGCGCAUGCCCAACAGUGAGGCCGGAGCGGCACGGAGAGGAGUCUUUGUGCCCACAAUUGCAGAUUUUGUCAACCUGGCUUGGUGGACAUCUGCAGCUGCAUGGUCCUUGUUCCAGCAGAUAAUGUAUGGGCUGGCUUAUCACAGCUGGUUAAUCACAGAUGAGGUGGGCGCUGAAGGACUGGACUCCAGGGAUAGGAGUUGUGUCAUGAUCCAGACUCAGUACUACCUGAGCAACUUGAGCAGCUCCUUCAACAUGCUGCAGGACUGUGGCAACUGCUCCAGGCUGAUCCAUGCCAAAAGGUUAAACAACACCAACCUGUUGUUUGUGGUGGCCGAGAAGAUGCCCUGCAAUGGCUGCGAGAUUGAAAAGCUGUCCCAGGAGGAGGUGGAGUUUAUGGAGGAGAACCCGUGUGAAGAAAUGACAGUGGCGCGCUAUAGGAAAGGACCCUCCACCUGUUUUGACUACAACAACACGGAGAACACGUCGGACUGUGGGCGGGGCCACUCCUUGCGUCCGUCCCGCGUGGCUUUGCUGCUGAUUCAACUUUUCCUGCUUUAUCCUGUCGUCAGUCCUCACGCUGACUCUCUACUACAUUAAUCUCAUCUGUCACACUCACACACAGAUGUGCACACACACUUUAUAGCUGUCCUGUGCUUCUCAUAUGUGCUCCCCCACCACCUAAAGUAGUCUUAUAGGCAAUGAUGGGCAGUGAUGGAAGCCCUGAGUGCCACCAUCUAGCCAGCUUCACUUCUGUGUCCUCAGCCAAGGAGAGACCCCCACCGACCCCCCCCCCCCCCCCCCCCCAAAAAAAAAAACAACUCUUAGGUAGACGACAUCGUGUCAUGAGAAAUCCAAACAUUUUAAUUUUCUUCACCAAAAAAAAGAAGGGACAAUACAUUUAAUUUAUGCACUACUAUAUCUACUUGCCAAAAUGAGAUAAAAUUUCAUGUGGUCUUAUUUUUUUUAGCCAAAAACACAGCAGAAAUGGCUUAAUGAGAGAGAUUAAAAAAAAAAAAAAAUGUUAUCAUCUUGAUGUGCUCAUAUUCACGACACAGAGGCACUAAUAACUAGCGGUGUGGUGUGGUUUAUAUAUUACCAACAAAAAAAGAACCUCUCUGACCUCCAUCUAUACCAACAUCACCUCUGCCAGUCCUCAAAAGGCUGUGAAGAAAAAAAACAGAUCAGUGCUACGAGGAUGGAGUAAAAAUAUGACAAGAAAAACAUUGCAGUGUCACGAGAGAAAAAAGUUGGAAUAUUUCAAGUCGACUUAAUGUUACGAGCAAAAAAGUUGGAAUAUUAGGAGAGAAAAGUGAGUAACAAAGUAACAAGUUAUUUUACAAGAAUUAAACGAUACUGUUACGAGAAUAAAUUCAGAAUAUUACACGAGUGAAAUCCAAAUUUUUUGAGAAAAAACAAUAGUUAAAUAGUCAGAAAUAAGAAAUCCAAAUUUAAAUGGUCAGAAUAUAGCAGGAAACAAAUUAUUGUUACAUGCAUUUAAGUUUUAACAUCACAAAUGUCCAAUUCUAUGAGGCGGGAAAAAUUACGAAAAUCAAAUCUGAGUACAUUGCAAGAAAAAAAGUAUCUUUACAGCAAUAGAGUCAGAAUCUUGUAAAAUUGAUUGAGAUUAGUUGAGAUCAGUAAAAAAUGAAUACGGUGUGAACAAAAUGUCAACUUUUUUUCCCUUUCUAAAAAUCCAAAUUCCCUAUUGUAAUAUCGGAAUAUUAUUCCCGUAAUUUGACAUUUGCUUUCCUUUCAAUUACUCCAUAGAAGGCUUUGCUUCUUCUCGUUAAACUGUAUUCUGUCACAUGUUCUUCAUGGGUUCCGUGCCAGGGUGGUUCAGGCCUUAUCAUGCUGUCCCCAAAAUGGCCACCAAACGUAGUCUGCGCCAGUCACGUGGUUGUCUUUUUAGACUGUUUAGGAUCCGCUUCAUUUCAUAAUAGUGCCUUGACGCACUUUGUGGUAGACGAGCGAGGCGAGCGUAUAGUACUCGUCGUUUCUUUCAAAUCAAGCGGCCAUCUUGGAAAGGGAUCAGCUUUAGAUAGAGCAGCCAUCUGACUGCCAUCACAUCACUAUGAUCAGUCAGCUAUCAGCACACACACUUGGACUGGAUUUACGCCGCAGGUUUCAAGUUCGCAAAGUCCCAUUAAUCGCCUAAAACAGGUUUUCGUGACUAGUUUCAUGUACAUUUCAAGGGAACACAUAAAACCAACCUGUAUGCGCAGGCAACCAAAUUGCUCGUCAAUAAUUCCGCACGUCAGUAAACAAUAAUACAUGGAUGGUACAAAUAUUGAGAGUUUAGCAACCCUCACAUUACUCGACUGGCUAUCGUAGAGAAUUUGCUUUGCUUUUUUUCCCCAAAUAAUGGACACGCCCCUAAUGUAGCAUAUAUAUAUUCACACCAUAUUGAAUUGUCUAUGCUUUGGCUGAUGUUAUUGGAUAUUUUUGAAAUGUGUUAAAUUGUGAAAACGUCACGGCGAUUUCUGCUACUCGCAGAAAGUUUGGGAUAUUGUGCUUUUGGGUGAAAUUUGAGGUUGAACCAAAAAUGUACGCAAACCUCUGUUGCAAAAAUGUGCAACUGAGUUUAAUUUCACCUUCCCUAAAUUUCUGAAAUUCUAACUGUUCAAAGUUUCAGUAAGCUGAACACAGAAUUGUGAUGUUUGAUCAUGAACCUGUCUUGAGAUACGGAGACUGGAAAAAGUGGACACUAUGCGAAAUUAAGAAAAGUAACAAAAGUGACUUUUGCCCUUUGACACAGCAAAUCUGAAUUGUGCCACUUGCAGCGUAAAUCCAGCCUUAUUAUUGGGUCAUGUGUUUUGUUUCUUUAAUUAGGGGCUCUUGACUGCUCUAAUUCUGCCUGCGUGUAUGCGUGCGUGCAUUAAUUGAGUGGAAUGUCUUUAAAAUAGUGCGUGUGAUGUGAGGGCUGAUUGUUGUUUUUUUAAGUUCUUGUUUGUGUGUCGCAAUGAACACAAUCCAGUGUUAUGGACGUUGAGAAAAAAAACAAAAAGGGACGUCAUCGCUUUUUGGAUUGACAGAAUGUGUUAGUUGGUCAGUGUAUUGAGUUUUUAAAAUGCAACGUAGAAAAAACGACGCCUCUCUAUUUGAUUGCCUUAGCGUCACGCGCAACAGAGCUCUGAUCCCCCUCGCCCCCCACCAUGUUUUAGAUUAUUAAUGGAGUUCAGAAUGUAUAUCGGGAUUUUUUUUUUUUAAUCAUUUGACCCUUUGAUAAUACAAAACACGACAUAGGUCAAACUGACCUUAUUCAAAUAUUGACUUAAACAGUAACAAUUACCAAUGAGCCAUUAAAAAAAAACUAAAAAAACACUCCUGAGAAACAAACGAAACAUGACGGCGGUAUUGUUACACAACAAACAAAUGUUGCCAAUUAGCAGUAUGACGUGUGUCAGUUAACAAAAUAAAUACAAAUCAAAUGGUUUUUUUCCUGAUGUUUGGAAAAAUAUUCUAACCUCAGCUCAAAUUGGCUCAGUUCAUUGAUUAUAAUGGUUAUUAAUAUUAGAGUUAUUAGUUGAAUCCGAACAAUGUAACAAAUAUUAACAGAAGGGUUGAAAAAAAGUCUCCAGCUAAGUCUUUGUUGAUUGGACAGGUUUGCCAAAUAUCACAUUGUGACGAGGGUUAAAAGAAGCAAAGGGGGAAGCAGGCUGCGUCCGUGUGUGUGAGGGGGACAGUGUGUAUGUGAUUGUGUAGUGUGUAGUCUGGUGCUCUGUGACCAUGUUUGACAAAAGUGUGUGUUUAAAAGAAAAUAGAGAAAACAAGUCGGAAUCAGUCAAAGUGAAGUCAGUAUAUAUAUCUCAAUAUAAAUAUAGGAAAAGAGCACUGUUGAUAAGUUUGAGGUCUGAAGUCCAAACAGAUUUUUAUUUUGUAUUUGUAUCUCGCAAGUGUGCGCGUGUGUGUGAGAGAGGAUGACUUGAGCUCCCUCUUUCUUUUGUUUGUCGCUCCAUUCUUUUUGUACAGUUGAAGCUAUGCGGAAAAAAAAGAUGACAAAAAAGGAGAGGGGCAAAAUUUGUAAAAUAUUGUGUCUGUGACUCCUUGUAAAAUAUUUUCAAAUUGUUUAUUACAGAGAAUCAGUUAAUAAAUAAUGUUCAUAUUUUUCACUUCA